UAUAAUGCUGUUGCACAUAAUAUCUAAAUGUAUGCCUUUUAAAAUAAUUAUAAAAUUCACUGAAAUAUUGCUUUAAAUAUAUAAUGUUUCGGAGGUUUGAAAAAUGUGUAAAAAGUAAUUUCUAUUAUAUUAGUAGGAUAUAUUGUAGCGGAAAAGCAAAUACACCAGUCUUAAAAACCUCGGGGAAAAUGUUUAAAUCUGCAGUUUUUAAUCUUCAAGAAGCAAAUACAGAUCAAGUACAAGAUUUCUUGAACUCUUUUGAUACCGUUUUAAGUGAUUGCGAUGGUGUUUUAUGGAUAAAUAAUAAUGCAGUUCCUGGUUCAGCUGAAGCUAUGAAUUAUUUUAGAAAACUGGGCAAAAAAAUAUUCUAUGUAACAAAUAAUUCUACAAAGACUCGAAGUGAGUUUGCUGUCAAAGCUCAACAAUUAGGAUUUAUUGCAGAACCGGAAGAAAUUCUUUCAACUGCCUACUUAGUUGCUCAUUAUCUUAAAGGCAUUGGAUUUCGAAAGAAAGUUUAUUUAAUAGGUUCAAAUGGUAUUGGGGAUGAACUAAAGGCAGUAGGGAUCCGACAUACAGGAGUAGGACCAGAUAAUGUAAAACCAGAUUUCAAAUCAAUGACUACAGCAGAAUUAGACCCAGAGGUUGGAGCUGUUGUUGUUGGUUUCGAUGAGCAUGUUAGUUAUCCAAAGUUCAUGAAAGCAGCGUCAUACUUAGCCAAUGAAGAAUGUUUAUUUGUAGCGACUAACACUGAUGAACGGUUUCCUAAAUCUAGCACUAUUAUUAUACCUGGAACAGGCACUUUAGUAAGAGCAGUAGAGACAUGUUCUGAAAGGAAGGCAUUGGUACUUGGAAAACCAAAUGAUUAUGUUCGGAAAUUUCUGGAAUCCUUUGGAUUGGAUCCAGCAAGAACCUUAAUGAUUGGGGACAGAUGUAAUACAGAUAUUGAAUUUGGUAUGCGAUGUGGUUUUCAAACUCUACUUGUAAUGACAGGAGUGACCUCUGAAAAGGAUCUAGAAAAAAUGCGUAAUGAACGAAGACCACCACUGCCUGAUGUUGUCCUUCCAAAACUGGGAGAUAUAUUAAAUAUUACAAGUUCAUAGUACAAAAAAUAGGUAAAUUAUAAGGAUCAAUUGACAGAAAAAUGUGAUAAAAAUAAUUUUCAAAAUUAUAUAUUUUUGUUCUUUAUUUGUAGUCGUAAGUCAAUUGUUCUUAGACAAUUUUGUAGCAGCGUUAUUGUAUAGUCUUUCGUGAGAUAUUAGAUCGAAGACUCAUGCCUUAGAUUAGCUUUCAUGUUAAUUAAUGUAAUACAGUGCUAUAUAAUGUAUCCUUAUUUAUAAGGAAAAUCUGCUUAUAAAGUAUAUAUCUUUGGCCUGUAUAAAAAGAGAUAAUGGUUUUUGAUAAAAUUUUGCAUACUCAAUUUAUUUAUGUAUGUUAAAUAAAGAUGUUGACAACGAUAUUUGUUCAUAAGUAUAAAAUAAGGCUAUGACAACCACAAUCUUGUGCAUUUUUACAAUGUAUUUAAUGUUAUAUGCUUUUAUAUUCUAAGUCUCAAAGAAGUCUUAGAUUGUGUUGGUUGGUGUACUAAUUAUUUAAUAUAAUUAGAAAAAUAUAUUCAUGAAUUGUUCAAAAUGUAAUGAAAAAUCGUUGUUUUACAACAGAUUAUAAUACAGAAUUUUAGAAGUAUAAAUAGUACAUAGGAAGGAAUAUUGUAUUAUAAAUAUGAGAGAUUUUAUAUUUAUUUAGUACAUUGAAAAUUAAUAUAUUCCACUAUAAACCAUUUUUUUGUUGUAAUGCUUUAACAUUUAUAACCACAAUUAAACAGUGUACACUUGUUUA